GGUACUCUCGGUGACCCGUUCCACUUCUGAGCUGCGGAAUGGGGACCAACUAGGUAGAAAAGGUCUCAGAAGAGGGAAAUGGGCAAAGGAAGGGAUCCCCUUCGCGCCCCUUGGUUCCCCGCCCGCGACACUUCGAGUCCCGCACCGGGGCCAGCGCCGGCCUUUGGCGCCUCCCGGAGUGGGAGGAAAACCGUUCCCCUGGCAUGUGAGCAAUCGCAGAAAGUUUCAGCAAGUUAGGAGGUUCGGGAAGGAUGUUGCAAGCAGUCGCAUGAGGGAGGCGGGGUACUAACCGGCGAAAGUCGAGCGACGCCUGAACUACAAGCCUGCACAGUUCUGAGAGGGAGAUGACUUGAGCAACCAGCUUUUAUCUCCACAACAAUGUCCAUGAACAAUUCCAAACAGCCAGUGUCUCCUGCAGCUGGGCUCCUUUCAAAUACAACUUGCCAGACGGAAAACCGGCUUUCAGUAUUUUUUUCAAUAAUCUUCAUGACGGUGGGAAUCGUGUCAAACAGUCUUGCCAUUGCUAUACUCAUGAAGGCAUAUCAGAGAUUUAGACAGAAAUCCAAGGCAUCGUUUCUGCUUUUGGCUAGUGGCCUGGUCAUCACAGACUUCUUUGGCCACCUCAUCAAUGGAGCUAUAGCAGUAUUUGUAUAUGCUUCUGAUAAAGACUGGAUCCGCUUUGACCAAUCAAACGUCCUUUGCAGUAUUUUUGGUAUCAGCAUGGUCUUCUCUGGUCUGUGCCCACUUUUUCUGGGCAGUGUGAUGGCCAUUGAGCGAUGUAUUGGAGUCACCAAACCAAUAUUUCAUUCUACGAAAAUUACUUCCAAACAUGUGAAAGUGAUGUUGAGCGGCGUGUGCUUAUUUGCUGUUUUCAUAGCUUUGCUGCCCAUCCUUGGGCAUCGAGACUAUAAAAUUCAAGCUUCAAGGACCUGGUGUUUCUACAAAACAGAACACAUCAAAGACUGGGAAGAUAGGUUUUAUCUUCUCCUUUUUUCUUUUCUGGGGCUCUUAGCCCUUGGUGUUUCAUUCUUGUGCAACGCUAUCACGGGAAUUACACUUUUAAGAGUGAAAUUUAAGGGUCAGCAACACAGACAAGGCAGGUCUCAUCAUUUAGAAAUGGUGGUCCAGCUCCUGGCUAUCAUGUGUGUCUCCUGCAUUUGCUGGAGUCCGUUUCUGGUGACUAUGGCCAACAUUGGAAUAAAUGGAAAUCAUUCUAUGGAGACCUGUGAAACAACGCUUUUUGCUCUCCGAAUGGCAACAUGGAAUCAAAUCUUAGAUCCCUGGGUGUAUAUUCUUCUACGGAAGGCUGUCCUUAAGAACCUCUUCAAACUUGCCAGACGCUGUUGUGGAGUGAAUGUCAUCAGCUUACGUGUUUGGGAGCUCAGCUCUAUAAAAAAUUCCUUAAAGGUUGCUGCUAUUUCUGAGUCACCAGUUGCAGAGAAAAUAAAUCAGGAAGCACCUAGUUUAAUUGGACAGUAAGUCAGUGUAAGUCGAGGAAAAAAAUUAAACAUUUUGAUGAAGUUUUACUUAAUUGUAUAAAUAUAUCAAGCCUAACUGGAAAAUUCAGAUCUCAGCGGGUAGUUUGGGGGCACUUUUGUCAGAUUUGGCUUUUGAAAUUUGUUAAAUUAACUGUGUAAUUGCACAUUUGUUUUGUCAACUGGAGGUAAACAUGAUGAAAUAAUGCCAGGGGAGUCAAAUUGAAAACAAUUUUAGGCUUAUCUGUUUUAUUUGUGCUUUUUGAAUGAGUGACUGUUGAAUCUUAAAGCAUUUACUUGGCUUAUUUGCCAAAGAACAUUGUAAAGCUACCUGCACAAUGAAAUGGCUAUUUUGGGGUCACUGCUCUGCAGCUGUUCCCAAUAGAUUAGGCCCAAUGAGAUGGAGCACCCUCAUUUUUUUAUCUGGUCUGUCUUAACCCCUCAUUAUAUAACCUCAGUCAAUAUAUCAAGUCACAUGAGAUUCACUGUGGCUUAUAAUGACCUCCGUAUACACCAGGUGUGGCUGGCAGGUUGCCUAAUCUUGCAAGCCUGUUUUGAAUGAGCCUAUCCUUGUCAUAUUUGAUAAAUAUGGCUGCUUGCAUUUAAUAUUACAAAGGUCAGUUUGAAGGUUUUCUUGGUAAGUCAUAGAUUUGCACAGUUUUCAAAUAAUCCCCUUUUCCUCUGAAAACUCUAGUGUACAGUAACAAUUUUUAGAGAAGCAAAGGCUCUAUCAUAGCACAGAUAUAAGCAAUUUGCAUUAUAGCAGUUCCUUGACGUUCUGCCAUGGAUAAUGCAAACAACCGCAACUUAAACCCAGUGAUAGGUGCAAGAACACUGGCAAAGGCGCUUGCUUUAGCUUGAGUUGUCAUUUCUGUGUCAGAGAACAAAAGACAAUCUAUAUAUAGUAUACAAAGGCUAUCUGUAGGUCAUGUGUUUCGUCUGCUCUCCACUUUUACACACACACACAUACACACGCACGCACACAUGCACACACAUGGACAUCAGAAAUUUCUGUUGAAAGUGGCUUCAUGAAAUUUGCAUCUUCUGAAGCCUAUGCUACAGUGUCAAGGGGAGGACUGGCAAGUAGACAGCCAUUUGGAAAUCAUUCUAAAGGUUAACCAAGAGAUCAAGGGAUAAUAAUCUCUCCCCAAAUUUCCCAGUAAUACUUUAGACCUUGUCUUUGCUUAUUUGUAUAAUUCAACCCAAAGAAUUUUAGUAAUGUCUUGGGUCCAUCAGAGCCUAGGGGAAGUAGUUCUGCUUCACAACAGGGAAAUGCAUUUCUGGAAAAAAGUUCAUUGUCUUCAUUAACUGAGGUCCAUGUUAAAAUUAAUCUUCCUUGUGACACUGAUUUCAGAUUCUCCGGGAAAUCUGUGCAGUUCAAUUACGCUUAAGUUACUAUGUUCACAGAUUUUUGCUUUUGACUGGUAAUUUACAUUGGAAGUCAUUAUUUUGGAAAAUUAUCAUGAAUAAUUUAAAGAAAUUAAGCAAAUAGCUUCAUUGAAGAUUUAAAGGCAACCAUUUUCCCCCCAGUAAGUUUAAAGAAGGAAAACACACAUAUACACACUGGUACAUGAUAUAAUUAAUUAAAAACCAGUAAAUGAUUAAUCCCACAAAUUUAGGUUACUCUGCUUUAUAGAGCACAUAGUAGAUGCUCAAUAAAUACAUGCCAAAUCGAAUCGCAAGAAUCCUUGGUGCGCAAUGAGUAUGAAAUUGCGAAGUUUUUGUACACUUUUAAUUUAAACUGACAAUUACCUACCGUUAUUGUGAUAUAUAUGUAUGUAUAUAUGCAUAUAUAUUUGUGUGUGCAUAUAUAUAGAUAUUAUAUCUUCAGUGUAUAUGCUUAAAAAAGCCAUUGCAAUUUAUGACUGCUGUUUUAUUACAUUAUUGUUCUCUUCUGUUUCAAGAGGACUUAAAGCCCAGAACUUUUAGUUGAUUUAAAGGAGAUAUCUAUUUCUCACAGCUAUUUAGAAGUGUUGGUAUUCUGUGACCUGAGGCACAAGGAAACAAAGCUCCAUCCUUCUUCCUUAUACUGGGUAGGAUGCUGCAGGGAGCACUUCCAUAUGUUGUGACCAGGGACAGAUGUGGGGGAGAAACUCUUAUGGAGAAUUCCAGGCCUCUUCUCUUUGCAGCUUCUUGUCAUCGAAUGGCAGAAUCGUUGCUCUAGUGCCGUGAUGUCACCCUAGCCACGUGUAUCUGUAUUAAGGAGAUAUUGUGGAAUGACCAUGUGUGGGAGAGCAUGAGCGUGCAAGGUUUGGGGGAGUGACAGGGGACUCACUCUGUGCCUACCUUGGAAGGAUUGUAUUACCUGAGCACAGGUUUAGGGCAACUAAAUUGGUUUUAUGAUGAUGUUUAACCCAAGAAGUUAACACCAAAAAUUGAAAAAAAAAAUUAGUAAAAGAAAAUGCAUUUACAUUGUUUUAGCUUUUUCAUCCAAGGAAAAUGAAAUAAUAUGCAUAUCUGCUUUGGAAUUUUAUUACUGGUAUUAUUCAUUAUAUUAUACAGUAUAGUUUGGUAAUUUAUUAUAUAAUGAAUAAUAGAAUGAAGAAUCCCCCAAUAACUUUCAUACAAAUGUUCAAAGUAGAAGUGUAUUUAUUCAGGUUACUGGAAAUAAAUAAUACAAACAAUGUUCAACAAGUUUACCAAUUUUGAAGUUUUAAGCUCUAUUUUAAAAUUCAUAAUUAGACCAACAGAGUAAAUGACUUUCUCUUGUCAUUCGGUAAAAUAGUACCUAAGCAACUUCUCAUACUAUUUGGUUAUCUUAUUUCUGCAAAUUAUUCUGGGCAAAUAGCUUGAAAAUGCAGUCUUUUUCUGAUGUUAGUGAACCUUAAAAUUGAGAACAAAAUAAGAAACCCAAUAGUACAUAGGUUUUUAUGAUUAUGAAUACAAACACAGAUAGUGCUGACUCAUAAUUAGCUGUGGGUGUGUCCCCAAACAUCAGACUUUCUACUAUGGAUUUAACUAGAUGAUAGACAUAUGCUUAAAAUAUUUUUUUUUCUAAAGGCAGAAACUUGCUUCUACUUACUUGUAUUACCUAAAAGUUCUCUCUCUCUCUCUCUCUC